CCUGAAUACCCUGAGCAGCGAGCGGAGGACGGCUUGAUAAACUCCCAUCGUUCAGAGAAUAAAAUCGGGAUUCCUAGUACGCUCUAAAUCCUAAAAAUGGAUAAGAACGACCUGGUGCAGAAAGCCAAGCUGGCGGAGCAGGCCGAACGCUACGACGACAUGGCGGCUGCCAUGAAGUCUGUGACGGAGCAGGGCUUAGAGCUGAGCAACGAGGAGCGCAACCUGCUUUCUGUUGCCUACAAGAACGUGGUGGGGGCCCGCCGUUCAUCCUGGCGCGUCAUCUCCAGCAUCGAGCAGAAGACGGAGGGGAACGAGAAGAAACAGCAGAUGGCUCGCGACUACCGUAUAAAGAUCGAGUCUGAGCUCCAAGAAAUCUGCCACGACGUGCUGAAUCUGCUCGACAAAUUCCUCAUUGCCAAUGCAACUCAGGCGGAGAGCAAGGUGUUCUACCUCAAAAUGAAAGGAGACUACUAUAGAUACCUGUCAGAGGUGGCCUGUGGGGACUCAAAGAAGGACACGGUGGAGAACUCUCAGCAGGCCUACCAGGAUGCCUUCGACAUCAGCAAGAAGGACAUGCAGCCAACACACCCCAUCCGGCUCGGCCUGGCCCUCAACUUCUCCGUCUUCUACUACGAAAUCCUCAACUCGCCCGAGCAGGCCUGCUCUCUGGCCAAGCAGGCUUUCGACGAGGCGAUCGCCGAGCUCGACACCUUGAACGAGGACUCGUACAAAGACAGCACGCUGAUCAUGCAGCUACUAAGGGACAACCUCACUCUGUGGACAUCAGAAAACCAGGGAGACGAGGGCGAAACCGGCGAAGGAGAGAACUAGAGCGCACUUCACUGUUAACCCAUCCCCACUCUCUUCCUCCUCCUUUUAUCUCUCUUCCUCUUUCUUCUCUUCUUCCUCUCUUCGUACACAUAAACAGCCCGUUCAUUCCCUCGUCCCACUUUUUCAAGCCUCCCGACUUCCCUUCUGUAUAACCAACAGCAUGAAUAGUACCUGACCUUCACAGACAUAUUUAAAAAUAAAGAAAUAUUAAUGCAAGGAGGUGGGAAAAAAGAACUCCACCACCCCAUCAUCCCUCCUCCCGCCCUCCCCUCAAUCAUGGCACUCCAAGGCCGGCCAGCGGGCUAAACCCACCGGUCAGUCUAGUCUUAUAGCACGCAGGGCGGGUUUUUAUCCAAAACUACUAAAUUCUUUUUAGAGCCCACAUUUUUUACCCUCUUCGUUUCCUCCCUUUGUCCUCCCCUCACUCCUCUUCCCUCCUUCCUAACAUUUCAGUAUGUGGUCUCACCCCUGACCCUCUAAUGAGAACGCACAUAUAUAGCUGUCCACCCACCCUCCGCUCUGUUAAGUUAAUGCACUUCCAUAGAUGUCCAUGACCCCUCCCUCCUCCCCCCUCCUCGCUCUAGUGAGUUAACGCACUCAUAUAGUUGUCCAUCCCUUCUCUUUUGGCUUUUCUUAGUGUACUGGCGAAUGGCUGGUGUUAUUCCACUUUAAACAAAACAACAAAAAAAUGGUUAUUAAACUGUCCGUUUAUUUUCAACAAACACUGUGAUGCUUAGUUUUUCCUCCACCUCGCCACCAGAUCCUCCGUUUGACGACAGUUUUCAGCUGGGAGGGGGCGUGUUUGAGCAGCAGUGCAAUUCUGCUGAGGUUUAUACAGAAGGGUCCUCCUACAAGGCUGUAUUGUGACACUGACAAAUCUAAAAACAAGUGUUUUACCUGCUGUGUAAUCAAACACUCACUGUUUUUUUUUUUAUUUUCUAACUGAGACCCGGCGUUUUACUCGACGCCAUUCUGCAUAUUUUCAGUUCGGAGCUAAUUUUAAAUCAUUAAAAAUAAAAAAGAAGCAUACAUUCCAUCUUAAUGUUUGAGAUUUUAGACAUUUUCACAACAGACGGGACCUGCCUGCUCCCUCCAGUCGAGGUGCUGUUGAACAUCAGUACCUCUGUCCCUAAAAUCUAACAUGUCCAUUUCCCUUUCGCGAUUGCCCACCCCCCCCCCCCCCCCCUUUUGUGUGUGUGUGUGUGUGUGUGUGUGUGCAUAACGAAUCAAACUUCUUUCCGGUUUUUGAGAACUGUAAAAUUGUAAAACAUUUUUAGAGCUUAACUGUAAAUCUGUCUUUUGGAAAACAAAACGGUUUGUCGAUGUUGUUCGUUAACACCUGCUUGCAAUGAAAACCUUGAAGCCGUUACAGUCAGCUGCUGUUGUUUAAUGCUUUUUUUUUUUUAAACCAGAACAUUUUUUGGUACUUUUUUUGUCUCCCCUCCUCCUUUAUGCCCCAUUAACUGCUUGUACUGACAAGUCCAGAGAAGUCUUUAGUUCCCACUCGCUGCUGAAUGAUCUGCCAACAAGAACGCAUGCCGACAUUUAUCACCUUGUAAAUCUACCACGAGCAUCGAGCGGGGAAUUCUGCACUCUGUGGAUCGACACUUUAACGUCCUGCUUUCUCGUUUCCAAAAUAUGAACGGCGGGGGGGUCAGGUAUUGUUCCUGUGACCCGUCUGUUUCGUCUAAGAUGAUCACGAUUAUCCAGAGUAUCAGACUUAUAAACAAAAGAUGACGGUUGUUCUUGAUCUUGAAGAAGAAAAAACAUCUAAAUCCGUGAUCUCACUACAGGGUUCCUGCACAUUUUCAUAGACAGAAUUUCAAAACUUUUCCAUGGUUUUUCAAGGACAGUUUUUUUCCCUUGCCCCACUUUUUCAAACUGAUUCAUUCAAACAUAAUUUCCGUUUCCUAGAAUGUAAGUAAGAAAUGAAGACAGUAUGUGAUAGUUAAUCGAAUCAUCACAUGGAUGCAGCUACAGAAAAAAAAUCAUUCAGUUACGUAAUAUGACGCAGGUUAUCUACGGAAGAUUACUGUAACAAUUUCAUACAAAACAACAAAAUUCAAGACUUUUCCAAAGAUUUCUGUGAUAUUCUGAAACAUUUGAAAGGCGUGUUUUUAUUUAAUGGCUUUUUUAUUAUUCUUUUAUUUUAUAGAAUACAGCCAUUUUAAGUCAUACGGCCCUUCCUGGAUGCCAAAAUAAAAACAGGUCUCUCCCCAGUGCUUAAAAAAUAUUUGACAUACCUCCUUUCUUUGCACCACCCUUUCCCCUCUCAAAUAAGUUAUAUUUUAAUAUUAAGUUCUAAUCCUUUUCUGAAUUCAUUAAUUUAAAAAAAAUAAUAUGUAUUUAAAAAGCUAUUAUAUAGUUAUGGAAGAAUAAAGAGUAUCUAUGGUCUUGAAAAUUUGCCUCAAAGUCAUGGAAACCUUUUGGUAAAAAUGUUUAUGAACCUUGUAAUAAUGUUUGGGAACCCUGAAGGAGUUUAAUCAUUUUCCACCGCUCGCCUGAUCGGGUUUACCUGAAUCCGAAAACUUAGAUUCAAUACUCUCUGCGAGUCUUACUUUUUCAGCUGAACUCAUAUGACUUGUUUUAAAUUUCGAGAAAAAAAAAACAAGUAAGCAGUGAUGUGAAGCGUCGGCCUUUGAGGCAGUUUGAGUCCACAACAGGUACGUGCGUAGAAGGAGCCAAAUCUCCCCGUCAGCCGAUCAGCCAAUCAUCUGUUUGUGGAAGAAAUCCUGUAGUUUGGAUUUUUAGACUAGAGUACAUAAGCGCCUCUGCCUUUUAGAUGAUACUUUUGACUGCAUUCAGAAAAGGGAAAAACACUCAAUCGGCAGAUAACGGUACGUUUUUCCCGCUCAUUUACAGUAUGAAUUUUAAAUGGUAAAUAAGACGCCUUGUGGUUAUUUAAUCGUCUGCAUUAGGGAGAUAAUUCAGAUCCCAAAUUUGGAGAGGUUUAAGGGGAUGUUAGCGACCAUAAUGCAGACCUACAAGUCUGUAAACGGCCCUAAUUUUCUUAAAACGUCGAUUUUAUUCCUUAUCCACUCAGUGUCACAAUAACCUUGUCACUAACCAUCUCGACAUUCCACUCUUUAGGUGUAGAAAAGUCAUGUGUCUCAAUGUUUUAUUUUCUUUUGCUGGGGACAAAUGUUUUCAUGCACUGAAGUUUAAAAAGGUUAAAAAAUAUUCCUCCCUGCCGCUCUUUUUCUCGUUAGCUGAACAAAAAGGCAGUUAUUCUACGCUUUCUAAGGAAAAAAUGAUCCCAUGCAGUAGUGAAUGUGGCACCGAGCCUGUCUGUAUAUCUGGUAUCUCAAAUCAUUUUGUUUUUACUGACCAGUAUUAUGCUUAAAAUAAAAAGGAAAAAAAAAUAACCCAAAAAAACAACAAAAAAAAGUUUGCUUCUGUGACGGUUUUAUUGCUUAGCGCGCACGUGGUUGUGAAAAUUUAGACUUAGCUUAAGAACACCAAUAAAAAAAAUAAAAUGACAAAAAAAUAAACCCCUUCGACACCUUCCCCCCCGACCCUGGUUAUUGAAGUAAUACUAGAUUUGUGUAUGUCUUUUAAAAAAAAUCCAACUCUAGUUUCACCUUACAUGUUAUAAACAGGACAAAAUGUAAAAGACAAUUUAAAGUGAAAUAAAGGUUUUAUCAGUUCCGAAUCA